AUGGCCUCCUCUUCAGCCCUUACUGCCGAGCAGACGAGCGCUCUCUUCAACAUCCUCACCCACUUCGAGACCUACCGCGAAGUCGAGCAGUUCAAGCAGCCAGAGACGAUUGACAACUAUGGCUACCCCUUCGCCGCAGUCACCCCCAAGGCCAGCGAACCCGACGAGGCCGUCGUCUACGCCUCGAAAUCCUCGGCGCCACUCCUGCAAUCCCUGUUCACCACGUUCAUCCUGCCCCUGCCGGGCGUCUCCUCCAUCGUGCCCGAGUUCUGGCGCGUCCGCGUCCAGGGCCUGAUCAAGAAAUUCGCCGAAGCCGACCUCUCCGAGAGCUACGAGAAGGGCGCCCUGGGCACUAGAAAGACCCUGGCCACCGCCUCGUCCACCGUCAUCGAGACCGUCGCGCGGGGCCAGAUCGGCGGCGGACCCGUCAGCGACCCCGCGACAAGACCGAAGGAGUAUGAUUUACAGAAUGCGGGGGAUCUGAUGCGCGCGUGGGACGAUGCGAUGCAUGGCCUCGUCUACGAGAACCUUUGUGACGAGCUGCUGGACUACCUUGCCGAGACCGAAGAAUUUGAUACACAUUCUUCCAUGACGAGGGCAGCAUGCGACUACAUUCUUUUGCACCUUGCGACGCUUUGUCACCAGGUCUUGAUCGUUUCGCCCGAGGGGCAGUACCUCGUCAAGCUGAUGGAUAAUCUACACAAGAUGGUGCCCUACGGCAUGGUUCGCCAAACACUGCGAAUCGGCAAUGCGGCGACCAUGAUUGCGGGCAUGAUGAAGAUCUUCCUGGCGAAGCUGAGUGUGGGCGGCGUCUCGAACUGGAUCGGUAUUACCUCCAACGCUGCUGACGGGCAGAAUCUUAUGCAAAGGAUGAUCUCUGUGAUUCUCGGAUGGGACUGCGCCGAGUUUAGAAAGACGAUUGACACAAUAUCCAAGGCCAAGGAUGGCCCGAGCAAGGGCGCCCUCGCUGCCAUCAAGGCACACUGCCAAUCGCCCAAGAGCGAGCGCGACACCGUCAGGGCCAGGAGUUUGCGGGAAUCCAAGUCUGUUGUUGCCGUCAUUCUCGAGACCACCGACCCCAAGCUACUUGAGGACGUCAGCGACGCCGAACACAAGCAGUGCCUCGAGUACUAUGCGGCACAGCUCGCUAUCCGCGACCGGGAAGAAAUCAUCAACGUGUUGUGCAAGCAGAGCCCUGAUCUGUUGACGCAGGCAGUCCGCGACGCCGUCGCCGGCAUGGACCCUAUCAUCCGCGCUGUGCACAACAAGGUGGAUUUGUCGGAUCACGUCAAGGACUACCAGUCGUUCCUUGAUCAGCUCAUUGCCACGAGCAAGCCGAAGAAGGCCAAGUCGAAAGAUGAGGCUGACCCACCCUUACCGACGGUGGAAGACUAUGUUCAGCUUCUCAAGAAAAAUAGGCAGCUUCUUUACAAGUGGUUGCACGCUGUCAGCAAGAAUUGCCCCGAGGUGAUGGACCAGUUCAGAAAAUGGGCCAAGGAUUCUCUCGUGGCCUUCCACAAGCAGAAGAACGGCGACAGCAUCGAGGAGAGGUUGGGCGGCAUCUUCAACCAGGUGCCCGAAGAGAAGAAGGCAGCCCUCCUGCCGAUCAUCGACGCUCACGCCGACUACCUCAAAGAACUCAACAACAUCUCUCGCUCACGAAUGCAAACAAUACUGGACGGCAACUCUCCGAGCAUGUCGGGGCCCGGUGUGUAUCUCGUCAGAUGGCACUCGCUGCUGGACGAAACUCUCAUCACACCUGCCACACCGAGCGGAUCCAUCAGACAUGGCAAAGAUGUUCAAGGAGCAGUGACACACGGCAAGCGGACGUCCAUAUCUAGCGACACAGACGAGGCCAUCGAAAAAGUGCGAUCUCUGACGCUGUCCUCGUUACCGGAAGCUCCAGACGUAAGGCCCGUGAUCAAGGCCAUGGCCCGGCCGUUCAAGCAGAUGAUUAUCGAACGGGCGACACCUAGCCCCAAUGGCAACGGGCAAGCGGAGCUUCAAUAG